GGUCGCCAGAUCACAUGUGGACAGCGAGUAGCUACAAGUGCCGCGACGAGACGCUUUCUGUGAACGGGUUAUACAUGUUUAAUAAUUCAUUUUUUCCAAAAAUGAGUCAGUCGAUGAUGAAGCCUCCUCACACCAGUUUUAUGGACAUUUGCUGUCCGGGAAAUAAAGCUCGAGGUGGAGGAACGAACUAUCAGGACGGCUCAGACAAAGCGCCCCAGGUGGCUCUGGCCUCUGAGGUGGAGGACGAGCUGCUCUACGGGCUGGAUGAGGUGGACAGCUGCCUCCGCUCUCCCAAAACGGGGGGAAAAGGAACUCCAAAAAAGCUCGUCUUGGAGAGGCUCGUCCCGAAGUCGAGGAGCGGCGGGGUCGAGGAUAAUGGUUCUCUGCCUUGUACUCCGGGCAACUCGCCGACGACGGAAUGCGGACAAAUGUGCGAGUUCCACGACAAUCAUGGCGACGAAUUGUUGGAGCGGGAGACGCACGAGUUGCUGGGGGAUUUCCUACUGCUGUACGCUGGGAUGUUUCAGGGGAAGCCGAGACGGAGCAGAGCUCUGCGCACCAUGCAGCGCGUCGUGGAAGAUGUGCUCCUGAAGCACAGAUUUACAUACAAAGGUAUGAUUUCAAAGCAGAGGCUGGAGCAGGAAAGUGAUGACAUGGGCUUCAUUAAAGCUGUUGCCCAGAACCUCUUCAGUGAUCAGGUGACAAAUUGGGGCCGCAUCGUUGGCCUGGUAGCGUUUGGCGCAGAGGUGAGCAAGCACCUGAAGGAGAGUGGGCGUGAGCACUGCAUCGGGACAGUUGGGGCACAGAUCUCUACUUACCUCCUCACUGAGCAAAGAGAGUGGCUGCUCAACAAUAAGGCCUGGGAAGGAUUUGUGGAGUUCUUCACCAUUGAAGAUGCUGAGUCGGUGGUGAGAAAUUCCCUUCUUGCAUUUGCAACCAUGGCGUGGAUAGGGCUAGGAAUUGCAUACUUCAUGAAAUGAACAUCCUGGACAAAGUGAAACAGUGACUCGUCAAAGAAGAUGGAAAUACUAUGGUCCUGAACUGCUAAAUUUGAGACACCUUGAAGGACAUCAAGAUUGGACAGUGAGCACGUUUUAAUGUGACCUUGUGUAGAAGGUGAAAACAUGGUUGGCAGUUUUUUCCUGUAAAAAGUUUUUUCGCACUACAAAUGAUUAGGAGGUGCAUUUACUUUUUUGUUCACUUUUUCCACAAGCAUAAAGAAUGUAAUAACUGGGCUUCCAGUAUUGACUGGCUUU